CAAAACCAGUAGCGACAUGUUAAAACUUAAAUAAGAACAAUCUGUCUUAUUUAUAAAAUGAGCUCUUAAAGAAACAAAACCACCAAAAAAUAAUUAAAAAUGAAAAGAAAAAACUCAGUUUAUGUUUCUGUGUGAAAUAAUUCAUCUAAACCUGUGAACAGAAUCUAAUCUUCCUCUGCUGGUGAAUAAAUGUCUUUUCUCUCCAUCGUCAUCCUCUACUGGUGAAUAAAUGUCUUUUCUCUCCAUCCUCAUCCUCCGCUGCGCGUAAAAAGCGCGCGUCCGCAUCCUGUGCGUCACUUCAUCCGGAGCCGCGGCAGCGAGAGGAGCGGAGCCCGGAGAGAGGCGGCCGUAGGCGGACACAGCAGCCCGGGAGGAGCCGCUGCUUCUGGAGGAAACUUUAGCAUCGAGCUGCUUUUUUCUCUGGAUGGAAACUGGAUUAUUUAUCUGAGACUUUGACAUCCAGCGGAUAUUUUCCUCUAAAAUUUUGCCUUUUUAUGAGAGAAUAACACUUCUAAAGUUGAGAGAUGGAUGGAGGCUGCAGAUGAAGAUCCUGAUGUUCCAAUCUCCAUGUAAAGGUCACAUGGCAUCAUCUUGACCGGAACCCUCAGCCCCUUAGCGCUAAAGAAAUCGAGUUACUUGAUGUGUUACCGUGGAUACGUCCUUUAAAAUUCCCCUCAUCACCAUGGCAGCUGCUCCAGAUGCUCCCUGCCUGUCGGAGCUUGGUGGACUUCCCAACAGGAACAUCAGCUUUGUCUCUGGCGCCCGACUCUGCAACCGGAGCACCGUCAGGACCUCGCCCUACACGCCUCAAGCCACAGCCGCCUUCGCAAUCGCCAUCACCUCCAUGAUGCUCCUCACCAUCGUUGGUAACAUCCUGGUCAUCAUCGCCGUCCUGACGUCCCGCUCCCUGAAGGGGGCUCAAAACCUCUUCCUGGUGUCGCUGGCGGCCGCAGACAUUUUAGUCGCCACGCUCAUCAUUCCCUUCUCACUGGCCAACGAGCUGCAGGGCUACUGGGCGUUCAGCUCCAUCUGGUGCGAGAUCUACCUGGCGCUGGACGUCCUCUUCUGCACCUCCUCUAUUGUCCACCUGUGUGCGAUAGCACUGGACCGCUACCUGUCCAUCUCCCGGCCCGUGUCCUACGGCGCCAAACGCACUCCACCACGCAUCAAGGCGGCCAUCAUCGUCGUGUGGCUGAUCUCGGCGGUCAUCUCCUUCCCGCCGCUUCUCACGCUGGACAAGAGCGAAGGAGGUGAAGAGGGUUGCGAGCUAAACAACGAGCGCUGGUACAUCCUCUACUCCACCAUCGGCUCGUUCUUCGCCCCCUGUGUGAUCAUGAUUCUGGUAUACGUAAGGAUUUAUCAGAUCGCCAAGCAGCACACUCGCUGUCCACCCGGACAGAAGCAUAAAGUGGUGGCAGCAGGAGGAAACGCUGGUGAACCUGCCGCAAAGUUGUCUGAACAGUCGCAGCAGAACGGGGAUCAACGAAGCUCCAGCCAAUGGGAGAAAGCUGACGCCACGAUGUCUGGAAUGGAUUCCAACCUGCCAUCACUUCAACAACCGAUUGAGGACACAGCUGAGCACCAUCCUCCCCAUGAUACAGUCCAAACAGUUCCCCAGAAACACCCAGACAAAGGCGGGGAAGCGCUCCCCGACAACACCUCCAGCUUCGGCUCCGAUGCCGAGCUGGAUAUCGGUGAGGAAGGCAUUCCGACAGGAGAAAAAAUGAACAAGCCAGACGAACAAACAUUUGAAGCAUCCCAAAGCAAAGGCUUCAAAGUCCAGGCACUGAAACUGGCCUGCAGGUACAAAAACACCAUGGCAACAUCAUCUGGCACCAAACUAGUACCCGAGGAGAUGCCCAAGGUGCAGGGAACACCCACAUCCCGCCGCAAGGCCAUGGCAAGCCGGGAGAAAAGGUUUACCUUCGUCCUGGCCGUUGUGAUGGGAGUUUUUGUGAUCUGCUGGUUCCCCUUCUUCUUCUCUUACUCCCUUAUGGCGGUGUGCCCCGACACCUGCAGCAUCCCCAAGCCUUUGUUUAAAUUCUUCUUCUGGAUCGGCUACUGCAACUCGUGCCUCAACCCGGUCAUAUACACCAUUUUCAACAAGGAUUUCAGGGGGGCCUUCAAGAGGAUACUGAGCAGGGACACAAAGGGCACAUUCUUCUAGAGUGGAAACUGUUAUGGAGUUUUGAACCACUGGUGGACAGAAGGGACCCUUUUUCUGUGCAUUUUACAUUUGACUGGGAUUCAUUUUCUAUGGCAUCAACAUCAAGCCUUGGAGAUGAGGGAGGAUGUUUUGUCCAUGUACUGUUAGCUGGCAGGCAGGUAUUAAAACACCACGGUCAUAUUGACCAAACUAGUAUUUGAGGAGAUCCCCAAGACUCAAUGGAUGCCCACAUCCUGUAGUAUGGCCAGUUGUGACUCAGAAGAAGGCCAUCAGGGUGGGAGUUUUCCCUUUCUUUUUCUGGUAUUAUCAUCAGGUGAUGUUCAUAGACACUUCCCAAAUUCCUCUUUCAGAUUCUUCUUCUGUAUCGGCUACUGCAAUUCGUGCCUCAAACCAGUCAGUUACACCAUCGUCAAAAGGAAUUUGAGCAGAGACACGAAGGGUACGUUGUUCUAGAGCCACUGGCAGAUAGAAGGGCCUUUAUCGGAAAGGUUUUCUGUCUUUCUGGACUCUCUACAUUUGACCAGGCUUGGCUUUCUGUGGCAUCAACAUCAAGUCAUGGACAUGAAGGAGGGUAUUUUGUCCAUCAACUGUUAGCUGACAUGCAGGUAUUAAAACACCAUGGUCACAUUGUCUGGCACCAAACUAGUAUCUGAGGAGAUCCCCAAGACUCAAGGGAUGCCCACAUUCAGGUAGUGUUCCCAGACACUUCCCAAAUUCCCCUUUCAGAUUCUUUGUCUGCUACAUCAGCUAGCAGUCUUGGACAUUUGGGAGGAUAUUUUGUCCAUCUACUGUUAGUAUUAAAACACCAUGGUCAUGUUGUCCGGCACCAAACUAGUACCUGAGGCGAUGCCCAAGACUCAAGGGAUGCCCACAACUUGUUGUAAGGCCAAUGGUGACCCAGAAAAGAGUCAUCAGUCUGGUUGUUUUUCCCUUUCCUCUUCUGGUAUUAUUAUCAGGUGGUGUUCCCAGACACUUCCCAAAUUCCCCUUUUAGACCCCUCUUCUGGAUUGGCUACUGCAAUUUGUGCCUCAGUCCAGUCAGAUACAUCAUUUUCAAAAGGAAACUGAGCCACUUGAUCCACCGGCAGACAGAUGGACCUUCAUCAGAAAUGAUUUCUGUCUUUCUCUGUUUUUGAUCGGAUUGUCUUUCUGUGGUGUUGACAUAACUCUGGGACAUUAAGGAGGAAAUUGUGCUCAUUUUCAAGGGACGCCUGCAUCACUUUAUGAGGCCGAUGGCGACUCAGGAGAAGAGAUUCACUUUCAGUCCUGGUGUGAGUUUUUGUGAUCUGUUGGUUCUUCUUCUUUAAUUCCUAUCAUGAAGUGUGCACUGACACUUCCCCAGCCCCUUUUUAAAAUUCUUUUUCUGGAUCCACCUGGUUAUUUACACCAUCUUCGUAAGGAUAAACAGGGACUCGAUGGGAACGUUCUUCUCAAGUGGAAACUGUUAUUGAAUUUUAAAACCGCCGGCGGACAGAUGGACCUUUUUAUCGGAAAUGAUUUCGCUCUUUCUGUACACUCUACAUUUGCCCUGGAUUGGCUGUCUGCGGCAUCGACAUAAACUCCGGGACAUUAGGGAGGAAAUUGUGCCCAUUUUGUGCCGUUAGCUGAGUCAGAGCUGAACUGACAAAGAGGGAGAUUUCAGAGAGUCAAGUGGCUGCAUCAAUUAUCUUUAAUGUUGUUUAAGUAUACAGUGUAAUUAUAUAGAGGAAUGAUUUGAUUGUAUUUUGAAACAGAAGUCGGGAGGCUACAGGGUCUGUGUUCAGUAAUUUAAAGUACAGACAGGACUGUGUGUUUGUGUGUGUGUUGGUGUGAAUGCAUGGGAGUGGAGGAGAGUCGCCUCAGGGUUUUACUGGAAGAGAACAAAUAUCACUAAGUGUCCUUUAUCGGAGAUAAAAUGGGCACCGAAGGAACACAAGAUCAGGGAAAAUGGGAGCGUCCUCGUUUCUGUUUCCUCUGUUUAUUUCCUCCUCCAUGUAAAGCUGAGAUUUGUGCAUUAUACAUACGUUAGAGGUUUUCUGUCCUCGGCGUAUAACUGAAUGUUAGACCUCUCUCUGGGAAUACCUCAUUAAAGUGGUAGCCAGAGGGCUUAACGUGAAGCUGAAAAUCCACAGAGGUUGCAUGAAAGAUGGAAACUGUACAUGUGAAUGUGAUACUUGGAGGCAUCAUGGGCUGAGCUGUUCACUUUUACUCGCUGUGUUUAAUCUGUCCUCCUCUUUAAUGUGUUUGUUGUAUUUCAGCUCACUGGCCGCUUACACAGGGUUUCUGCAGUGUUCGUCCAGUUAACUCCAAGACUUUUAAAGACCUUCAACUCACAGUGGUUUGAUAUACUUUUACAGUAAUGUAAGAAUAGUACACUGAUUGUAAAUAACAAUAAUUCCUAGAUUGGGCCUUCAGGACAUCAGGAACACAGAGGGCAGUGGAAUGUAAAACAUCCACAAGACCUGCAAAAGGGGGCACAAAAGCCACUGCAAAGACACCCAAACUACCACAAUUAUAGGCAAAACCAACCCAAAGACACUCAAAAUGGCCACAGAGACACACACAAACAAUCUAAACACACUUAAAACUACCACAAAGACACUCAAAACACCAAACACAUAGACUGAAAAUAGCUAAAAAGACGCAUAAAUGACCUAAAAUAGAUAUAAAACCUCCACAAUGACACUUAAAAUCACAAAAAAUAGACACAAACCGCCACAAAGAUGGUAAAUGGUAAAUGGUCUGAAUUUAUAUAGCGCUUUUACUAUAUCGGUAACGAUACCCAAAGCGCUUUACAUUAUACAUCACAUUCACCCAUUCACACACACAUUCACACACUGAUGGCGGAAGCUGCCAUGCAAGGCGCUAACCACAAAGAGACACAAAACCACCACAGUGAUGUUGAAACACCAUAUUGAUAUGUGAAAUCAGAUGGAGGUUACUCAAAACCACCACAAAGGGACUCAAAAACACCAGGAAAAGAUACAAAUGCAACACAAAACGCUGAAAUGGCUCCAGAGACAUGUAAAACCACCUAAAGCAGACACAAAAUUACCACAAAGACACUCAAAAAUUACUACAAAGAGACACAAAAACACCACAAAGGGACACAAAAGCACCACGAAGAGACAGAAAACCAACACAAAACACACAAAAAGGCUACAGAGCCAUGCAUAACCACCUAAAGUAGGCAGAAGAUCACCACAAAAUGACAAAGACACACAAAAUUACCUAAAAUAGACACUACUGUUUUAGGUAAUUUUGUGUAAUUUUGUCUAUUUUUGACAAACUACCACAAAGACAGUUAAAUUGACCACAAAGAGAAAAAACUGCUACAGUGACAUGCAAAACAGCCACAAAGCACUGAAAAUGGCUCAAAAAACACACAAAACCACAACAGAGACACAAAACCACCACAAGUGGACACAAUAACUAUGAUAAAAAAAAAACUAUAAAAAUGACCAGGAAGACACAAAAUCAUGUGAAGUAGACACAAAAACACCACAAAGAGACACAAAACCAUCACAAAGUGACAUAAAACUACCACAGAAUAGUAAAAAUUACACAAAGACACACAAAAUGACCUAAAAUAGACACAAAACCUCCACAAAGGGACUCAAAAGACCAUCAUGAAACCUUUUUCAAAGUGACUAGGAAGACACGCAAACCACCUGACAAAGACCACAAAGAGACUUAAAAUGACCACAAAGAGACAUAAACUGCCACAGUUACAUGCAGAACCAAACUUACUGACACAAAACCACCUUGAAGGGACCGAAAACCAUCAUAAAAAACCUAAAAUGGCUACAAAGCUAUGCAAAACCACUUAAAAUAGACAGAAAAUCACCACAAAAUGCUCAAAAUUAUACAAAGACACGCAAAACUACCUAAAAUAGACACAAAACCAUAUUAAAAACUGUGAAAAUAACUAGGAAGAUGUGCAAAAUCACCUAAAGUAGCCACACAACCACCAAAAAUGGACUCAAACCCACCAUAAAAACUGUAAAAAUGGCCAGGAAGUCACCUGACAAAGACAUAAAACCAUCACAAAACAGCAAAAAUGACCACAAAAACACUGAAAACCGCCAGAAAGAGAACCAACAUGGAUUCAGAGACACCAAAGCUUCACAACAAGACUAAAAAAAGAUGUUGUCUAUCUUUUAUUGUGGAGCUUCUACAGGAUGUUGGAGGUCUUUGUCUGGUUUAAUCUGACAGAAACCCUGCAGAUCCCCCAGUGACGGAUGGAUUAUUGAUUAUUUAUGGUUUAUUCUGGGUGUUUCUGGUUGUUUUCUUUGUUUCCCUGAGCUCCUGCUGAAGCAAUACAGGAACCCUAAAGUGAACUGAGUGAAGCCCUGAUGAAGAUGCUCCUCCUCCUCCUCCUCCUCUUCAGCCUGUAGGUGUUUGAGCUGCAUGUUUUUCAGAAAUGAACUAAACAUGUGUACCAUUAGUAUUAAACCAGUAGUAGUGCUCGUUGUUCACAAAGUCCAACUGAAAUUAAACUAAAACACCCAAAAUGCACAUUUAUUCCCACCACAAUCUGACUUUUACAGCAGAAUUAUGUUGAUUUUUAAUGAAAAAAUCAAGUAAAACUGGUAAAAAACCAAACUGUAAUUGUUUUUAAAUUAGAUGAAUCUUAUACAGUAGAACAACAAAACAACAGAACCAUUUAUUAACUCAAAAUUUCACUAAAAGGUCCAAAUAUUUCAUUGUUUUCUCUCUCUGUGGUCACUAUUUGGUAUCUUUAUGAUCAUUUCUUCUCUAUUUUCUGCUCAUUUUUGCUUCCUUUAGUACUAAUUCCUUCUCAUAUUGGUUGUUUUGUUCAUUUUUUGGUCGUUUUACAUUUCAUUUUGGUUGGUUUUGCAUCUCUUUGUGGUAAUUUUGUGUGUCUUUUUAGUCACUUUGCUUCUGUUUUGUUCAUUUAGUGCCAUAGUUUGGUUGUUUUGUGGCCAUUUUGCUUCUUUUUGUGUUUGUUCUUGCUUGUUUUGCGUCUCUGUGUUGGUGUGUCACCAUUUAAUCGUCCUUUUUUAUCUAUUUUUUGGCAAAUUGUUGUCUGUUUGUGGUCACGUUGCUUAUUUUUUGUCAGUUUUGAGUCUUUUUGUGGUCUUUAUUCUUCUUUGACUGUUAGUUUUUGGCCUUACUUUAGUUGUUUCUCGUCUCUGUGGUAAUUUCUCCAUAUUUUUUGGUCAUUUUGUGUCUCUGUUGUUUGUAUUUUGUCUUGUUUUGGUCAUUUUAUGUCUCUUUGUGGUCAGGUUACUUAGUUUUUGGUAAGUUUUGUGUCUUAUUUUGGUUGUUUUACAUCUCUUUGUUGUCAUUUUUCUUCUCUAACUGUUAGUUUUUGCCUUACUUUAGUUGUUUUCAGUGUCUGUGGUAAUUUUUCCAAAUUUUUCUGGUCAUUUUGUGUCUUUGUUAUUUGUAUUUUGUCUUAUUUUGGUUGGUUUGUGUCAAUUUGUGGUCAUUUUGCUUGGUUGUUUGUCCAUUCUUUGUCUGCUUAUGGUUAUUUUUCUUUAUUUUCUGUUAAUUUUCUGUAUUAUUUUAGUUAUUUUGCAUCUUUUUGGUCAUUGUUCUUCAUUUAUUGGUCAUUUUGCAUCGCUUUGUGGUCAUUUUGCUUCUUUUUGUGUUUGUUCUUGGUUGUUUUGCAUCUCAUUGUUGGUGUGAUGCUUCUUAAUCAUCCUUUUUUGUCUAUUUUCUGGCAAAUUCUUGUCUUUUGUGGUUACAUUGCUUCUUUUUUCUGUCUUAUUUUGGUCAUUUUUGUUUGCUGCUGGUCAUUUUUCUUUUUUAAUCUUCGAUUUAUUGCCCUAAUUUAGUCAUUUUCUGUGUCUUUCUGGUAAUUUUUCCACAUUAUUUUGGUCAUUUUGUGUCUCUGUUGUUUGUACAUUGUCUUCUUUUGGUAAUUUUAUGUCUCUUUGUGGUCACAAUACUUAUUUUUUGGUCAGUUUGUGUCUUAUUUUGGUUGUUUUGUGUCAAUUUGUGGUCAUUUUGCUUGGUUGUUUGUCCAUUCUUUGUCUGCUUAUGGUUAUUUUUCUUCAUUUUCUGGUAGUUUUAUGUAUUAUUUUAGUUAUUUUGCAUCUCUUUGGUCAUAGUUCUUCAUUUAUUGGUCAUUUUGCUUCUUUUUGUGUUUGUUCUUGGUUGUUUUGCGUCUCUAUAUUGGUGAUAUGCCAUUUAAUCAUCCUUUUCAAAUCUAUUUUCAGACAAAUUGUUGUCUCUUUCUGGUCAUGUUGCUUCUUUUUUGUCAGUUUUGUGUCUUAUUUUGUUUGUUGUUGUUUGCUGCUGGUAAUUUUGAGUCUUUUUGUAAUCAUUUUUCUUCUUUAAUCUUAAUUUUUUGCCUUACUGUAGUCAUUUUGUUUGUCCUUGUGGUCAUUUUUCUAUAUUUUUUUGUCAUUAUGUGUCUCUGUUGUUUGUAUUUUGAUUUAUUUUGGUUGUUUUGUGUCUCUUUGUGGUCAUUUUUCUUAUUUUUUUUAAACUAUAUUGACGUCCAUUUAUUGUAAUUUCUCUUCAUUUUCUGUUAGUUUUAUGGAUUAUGUUAGAUAUUUUGCAUCUCUUUUGUCAUUGCUCUUCAUGUUUUGGCCAUUUUAGCUCAUUUAGUGGUCAUUUAGGUUCUUUUUGUGUUUGUUUUGCUUCUUAUCUUGUUUAUUUCCAUCUCUUUGUUAUAUUAUUUCCAUCUCUUUGUGCCUCUUUGUGGUUGUUCUUCUCCACAAGUGAACCAGAUUUCAGUUGCUCCGUAAGAAUACUGAGAUUUGAACGUAGUCAGAUUUAAUUAAAAAUACAAAUGUGGUUGAAAGACUAAUUUAAAUUAUUAACUAAUAACAGACUGUCCUCACAGCAGGGAAACCUAAAGUUAAAAACUAAUUUGAGUGAAUGAAUGAGUGUGAUUUCAGUUGGACUUUAGCUCUCAGUGUGUCUCUUCUCUCUGUGCUGUGAUGUUCUGCUUCAAUCCAAGGGAGAAUAAACGACUCGCUGAGACUCUGAGCUGCUUCUUGUUUCCUGACAAAAAAUGUAUGGAAUCUGGAAAUUAACCGUCAUCGCUUUCUGGUAAAAUCAGCAAACACACACUUAAACACCACAAUGACAUGCAAAUCUAGCACAAGGGGACUCAAGAACACCACAAAGGUACAUAAAAACGCCACAAAGAGACACAAAAACAUCACGAAGCGACACAAAACCACCACAAAAAUGGUAAAAAUUACACAAAGACACCUAUAACUACCUAAAAUAGACACAAAACCAAAACAAAGGCACUUAAAAUUACAACAGAGACAAAAAUUGCCACAAUAAUACGCAAAACAACCACAAAUGAACCAAAAACACCACAAAACACAAAAAAUGACUACAAAGGCAAUCAAAAACCAUCAAAACGACACACUAACAAACACUACAAAACACUAAAAAUUACCACAAAGAUGCUUAAACUUGGCACAAUAACACACAAAACCAUCAAAAAGACACUAAAAAUGGUUACAAAGACAAUCAAAAACCCACAAUAGAGACACAAAGACAUCACAAAACAUAAAAAAUGGCAACAAAGGCAUGCAAAACCACCUAAAGUAGACAUAAAACUAACACAAAGACACUUUAAAACAUCAUACAAACACUGAAACUGCCACACAAACACGCAAAAGUACCACAAACAGACCAAAAGACACCACAAAAAAACACAGGAACACCAUGAAACACUAAAAAUGGCCGCAAACACAAUCAAAAACCACAAUAAAGAGACACAAAAACACCCCAAAGAGACACAAAGCCACUACAAAACAAAACCACAACAAAGAUACUUAAAAUUACCACAAAGACACACAAAAAUACCACAGAAUUGGUAGAAAUUAUACAAAGAUGCCUAAAACUACCUAAUAUAGACAUAAAACCAAAACACACUAAAAACCACAACAUAGACACUUAAACUGUCACAAUAAGACACAAAAACACCACAAACAGACACAAAAAUACACAAAACACUAAAUAUGACUACAAUGACAAUCAAAAAUCAUCAAAAACAGACACAAAACCACUGCAAAACAAUAAAAAUGGCCACAAAGGCACGCAAAACCACUUAAAAUAAAUACAAAACCACCACAAAGACUCACUAAAUUACCUAAAAUAGACAUAAAACCAUCUCAAAACAGCAAAAAUUAUACUAAAACACGCAAAACCACCACAAAAGAGACACAAACUGCCACAAUGACAUGCAAAAACCAACUUAAAGACACAAAACCAUCACAAAGACAUUUUCACCACAAUGAGACUUAGAACCAUCUUAAAAACUAUAAAAAUGACUAAGAAGACGCAUAAAACCACCUGAAAGAGACACAUAACCACCACAAAAUUGGUAAAAAUGAUCAAAGACAUGCAAAACUACCUAAAAUAGACACAAAAACACAACAAAAUACAACAAAAUAGACACAAAGACAUGUAAAACCAUCAAAAGUAGACAGAAAACCACCACAAAAUGGUUUAAAAAAAUCGACAGAUACGCAAAAUUACCUAAAAUAGACGUAAAACCAAAAGAACACAAAAAAGCACCACGAAGGGAUGAUGAAAACCACAACCAAUCGCCAAACCCCCCAACCAGACUGGGUCUUCGUAGAGACUCUUUGCUGUCAGAAACAGUAAUAAUGGAAUCAGGUAUUUCCUGUCUGUCUGGGAGUUUUACUGGGUUUAUUUGGACCAGAACAACAUGUUUCUGAAUCUGUGACACUGAUGAUAAUAAAACCCACCUGAUCUAUAAAUACGUCCUCAGAUCUGGAGGCGAUAAUGAAGCCAUUUAAUACCUGAACCUCUGAACAGGAAGUGUUGUUUACUUCCUCUGGAGACGAGCUAAAGGCGCUAAUUUAGUGUCAGUUACUCGGAUUUCAGCAGCUGGUCCAGGAGAUAUUUAUAGAAACCUGGGAAAACAUCAUGUUUUACAUUAAUAAGGUGAAUUUGUUGGCAAAUAGUGACAUUCUUUUACAACAAACAGUUACUAAACGUGUUUGUGUCCAUUUUUUGCUCUGUUUUUGGUCUCCUCCACCUUCUCCACCUCUAAUUAUACAGAUUUUGAACAAAUAUUUCACCAUUUUGCGUCUACUUAUAGUCUUUUUGUGUGUAGUUUGGGACAAUUUUAGGUCAGUUUGUGGUCAUUUUUAUCUCAUAUUGGUUGAUUUCUGACAGGUUGUGCUUGUGUUGUGGGUCUUCUUUGGUCAGUUUGUGUCUUUCUGUGGUCAUUUUUUGGUUGUUUUGCUUCUUUUUAUAUUUGAUUUGAGUCUCAUCUUGGUUUUUUCCUUCUCUGUGUUGGUCUUACAUCUCUUUAUGGUCUUUUUCCUUCUUUUUGUAGUAAUUUUCUUUGAUCAUUUGGGAUUCUUUGUGGUCAUUUUGGUUGUUUUACAUCUCUUUAUAGUCUUUUUGUGUGUCGUUUUGGCAAAUGUGAAUCAGUUCAUGGUCAUUUUUUUUAUCUCAUAUUGGUUGUUUUAUGUCAGUUUAUGGUUAUUUUGUGGGUCUUCUUUGGUCAGUUUGUCUCUUUGUGGUCAUUUUUUGGUCAUUUUGCUUCUUUUUAUAUUUGGUUUGAGUCUCAUCUUGGUUGUUUGCUUCUCUGUGUUGGUUCUUGCAUCUCUUUAUGGUCUUUUUGCUGUAAUUUUCUUCCAUCAUUUGUCUCUUUGUGGUAAUUUCUUUGGUCACUUUGCUUCUUUGAUGUUGGUUUUGUCUCAUUUUGCUUGCUUUGCAUCUCUUUGUGGCUGUUUUGUGGUCAUUUCUUAAGUCUCUGUGGUAAUUUUGCAUCUAAAGUUGUGUCUCAUUUUGGUUGGUUUGUUUGUGGUUGUUUUGUGUUUCUUUAUGGGUCAUUUUAUUUCUUAUUUUGUUGUUUUGCAUUGGUUUGUGGUCAUGUUUCUUCAUUUUUGGUUUGUUUUUUGGCAUUUUGUACCAUUUUUUGUGGUCAUUUUGGUUAUUUUUGCGGUCAUUUAGUGUCUGUUGUUGGUCAUUUCAUGUCUCUGUGGUGAUUUUACUUCUUUUGGUUAUUUUAUGUCACUUUAUGCUCGUUUUAUUCUUCUUUGGUCAUUUUGUGUCUGUUUGUGGUCAUUCAUCAUUUGAUUUGAGUUCCAUCUGGGUUGUUUGACAUUUUUAUAGUUAUUUUAUUUGUAUUUUAGGGAAAAUUUUGAUCUCUCUGUGGUCAUUUUUGUGUUGUUUUGUGUCUCUCUGUGGUCAUUUUGCUUGUUUUUGUUAUUAUUUGACCUAUUGGUUGUUUUGUGUCUCAUUUUCUGCCCCGAAGAUGAAUCUUAUGCAGUAGAAUUACAAGCAACAAACCAACAGAACCAUUUCUAAACUUUGAAUUUCACUAAAAAGGUCCAAAUAUUAAAUCAUUUUGUGUCUCUGUGGUCUCUGUUUGGCAUUUUAUCAUAAUUUCUUGUCUAUUUUCUGCUCAUUUUUGCUUCCUUUAGUGCUAAUUUCAUCUCAUAUUGGUUGUUUUGUUCAUUUCGUUUUGGUUGUUUUUGCAUCUCUUUGUGGUCAUUUUGUGUGUCUUUUUGGUCACGUUGCGUCUGUUUUGUUCAUUUUGUGCAAUAGUUUGGUUGUUUUGUGGUUGUUCUGCUGUUUUUUGUGUUUGUUUUGUGUCUCGUCUUGGUUGUUUUGCAUCUCUGUGUUGGUGUGACGCCAUUUGAUCGUCCUGUUUUGUCUAUUUUUGGGCAAAUUGUUGUCUCUUUGUUGUCAAUUUUGGGUCUUAUUUUGGUUGUUUUUGUUUUGCUUGUGGUCAUUUUUCUUCUUUAAUCUUAGUUUUUUUUGUCUUCUUUAGUAAUUUUCCAUGUUUUUAUGGUAAUUUUUCACAUUUUUUUUGCUCAUUUUUUGUCUCUGUUGUUUGUAUGUUGUCUUACUUUGGUUGUUUUCCGUCUCUUUGUGGUCAUUUUUUGGUCAUUUUAUGUGUCUUUUUAGUGACUUUGUGUCUGUUUUGUUCACUUUGUGUCAUAGUUUGGUUGUUUUGUGGUCAUUUUGCUUUUUGUUUUGUAUUUCAUCUUGGUUAUUUCGCAUCUCUGUGUUUAUUUUGCAUCUCUUAAGGUCGUUUUGUGUCUAUUUUUAGGGAAAUUCUCGUGUCUGUGGUCGUCUGGCUUGUUUUUGUGAUCAUUUUGUGUCUCAUUGUCGUUGUUUCACGUCUGUUUUGGUCAUUUUGUGUCUCAUUUAUUUGGCAUUAUUUAUCUUUAAUGAGAAAAAUUAUGAUUUAAUCAUCCUGAAUUACAUAAUUGGACUUUCUUUAAUGUCUUUGAAUGCAGGAAAGCAGCCGAACAGUUGAACAAUGAGCUGAAAAUCACUGUGAAAUUCAUGUAAUUGUCCCGUUUUCACACCUUUUCAUGCUCUGUUAUGAAACACUGAUUCCAGCUGCAGAUACAGUCGAGAAGCUGCAGUUCUGUCCUCGUAUUUUAGAGUUUAAACCAUCGGCGGCCGUGAAAUUACAGUAAACCUGGGAUUAGAGUCAGUGUUUUAUAGUUUUGGUGUCUGUAAAACAUGUCAGCGGAUCAGAUUUGUGGAUCUUUGCUGCUGAACUUCAGGACUGACAGAAACGAGGCUUAAUGUGGCGUCAUAAAAAAGACAUUAGGAGGCGACCGGCCUGAAGCCUCGCAGCCGUGAAGCUGUCGUCAUAAAUGUGAAGAAAUGGAUGUAAUUUUUCUCUCUGCAGCUCAGCAGGAGGAAAUCUGACACCUGAGUAGACUUAAUGAUCUUUGGAUAUUUCCAGCAAAAUGUCGAAGCGAAACCUCGACUUUUACCAGACGGACGAGGAGAAGCAGAUUCCUGUAAUAUUAAUAAUUAGUUAGAAAGAACUUUUCACAUCUCUGCAUUUAAAUUCUUCAGCACAAAUUACCAUUAAUGUGUUGUCAUAAAAAAAACUACUCAUUUUAAUUCCAUUUUCAGAAAUCUACAGUUUAAUUGUGAUUAUGCUGUAAAAAAAAAAAAAGAAAAGCAAUCACAGUUUUCUUAAACACUUAUUUUUUUAAAAACAAUUUCCUGUUAUUUUACUGAUUUCUCACGUUUUUAACUUACAGAUAACAUCUGGUAAAGUCACAGUAAACAUAUUCGUUUGCAAUUCAAAAGUCCACAAGAAAAAUAUGUAUAUUUACAAGUAAUAAUAAUUUGACACCAAAUGACCACAAACUGACAAAAAAUCAACAAAAAGAAGCCAAAAAUUACAAAAUGAUGAAAAAGAGACACAAUAUAAUUGCAAAAAGAUGUAAAAUGACCACAAAAAACACAAAAUGACCAUAAAAAUAACAAAAACAAUACACCAAGUAGUGGCAAGAACACACAAAACGAUGACAAAGUGACAUAAAAUGACCACAAAAUGACUGCAAAAAGAUGCAAAAUGACUACAAAGGCAUGAAAUAACCUCAAAAAUGCAAAAUAAUGACAAGGAGACAAAAUGAAAUUAAAUCACAGACACAUAAAACACAGUAAAGAGACACAAAAUGAUGAAAAAAGGAACAAAAUAUCUACAGAGAAGCAAAAUUAGAGAAAGAGAAAAGCCACAAAAUGGGCAUAAAUAGACACAAAACAACCACAAAGAGACACAAAAUUACCACAAAGACAGAGAAAAUGACUGCAAAAACAUACAAAAUGACCACAAAUAGACAGUAAUUGGCCGCAAAAGACAAAAAAUGUCCACAAAAUAACAAAAGAGACAAAAAAUAAGAGCAAAAAGAUUAAAAAAUUACCACAAAGACAUUAAAAAAACUCAAAAUCACACAAAAUAACAACAAUGAGACAAAAUAGAAUGAAAUCUGUGAUGAAUAUGUAGAUUUGUGAACGUUUGUUUUUGACCAGGAAGAAUUGAAUCUUUGAAUCUUUGCAGCUCAGAUGCAGUCGGUUGUUAAAUAUUAAAGCUGCAGGUCAACCUCA